GGGUACAAUGAAGAUUCCGUCAAGGAGACCGAAUGCGACGUAAGUUCUGGAGUUAUGAUACGCCUCGUGAUCUACCUACAAACACCCCAAAUCAAGAAGAGUAUGAGCCUUUGACUCGGAUUGGAGCAUGAUCUUGCGUCGUGUUAGUUGUUACAGUUCUAUUUUGGUGUGCGGCAUGAUCGUGACAGCCUUGAAGUGCAUUGCUGAAGAGCCUAACGUUUCCAGAUCGACAGUGCCGAUCUUGAGCUAAGUUGAGCCGCUAAACGCAGGGCCCUCAACAAUAUUGCUGCCUGUGCGAGCGUAACUGUAGCCAAUCGUUGGUCUCGUGCAUGGCCUAGAUCGAUGAUCUUUGGCAACGCGAGGACCACCAUGCGGUAUGCCUCACAUAUAAACAGUCAGGAAAUACCAACCCUUUGUAAUACUCACAUACAACCCCUUCUGCUACCAACAAACUCACCAUCAUCAUGGUUUUCAUUCCGCCUCCCUUCGAUGUCACAUGCCUCACAGCAUAUCUUGUGGCUCCGUUGAACGACAACGAGCUCGCAAAAUUCAAGACGGAAUUUGAACUCGGCGCCUGCUCUCGAUUCCAGCCACUGCUUGAGCUCAAGAUCGUCAGGCCCCCCGAUGAUUACAUCGGCAAAUCCCAUCAAUAUAUGCGCGCAAAAGAAAACGAAGCAGGCCGAGAAUCCCCAUUCGUCGUCAUUGACGCAGAUGCAGUGAAGAGGAGUGCAGUCUGGUACGUGGAUGCCUUUGCUGACGACGAAAUGGUGGAAGAAGGACAAGCAGAAAGUACACAAGUGGUCAUGAAGAUCCUUGUGAAGACGGAAUGCCUGGCUUUGACAUAUAUCAACUACGAGAUUGCCAAUAUCGACAUCGACGAGGAUCUGGACAAUGCUGAAGUGGAGCGACCGCUGAAGAAUGAUUUCUUCCAGCCUCUGGUAUCGGAUUGCGGUGGAAUGGAUAUGAGAGAGCAACAGCGUGAUCAAGAUGUGGAAGUGACGGCUGAACCAGGAGAAUUCGAGGAGACUAGGGAGAAAGCUCUGCUUGAGAACUUCUCUCCCCAGCCAGAUAGACUUGGGAAGCUCAAGGAUGAGAUUGCGCGGGCUGCUGGUCUACUCGCAGCGUGGACUUUUGUUGGUGAGGCGCAGCCGGUGGAUAUGCCUGAUGGCUCACACAAGACGUUUCCGGCGGGAAGUGUUGUACUUCAGCAGAAGUACGAUCCAGAUUUCCCGUGGCCGGAGUACAAGUGGCCGGAGGGUUCACUGUAGUGGUCUAUAUCGACGAAUUUAGACAUGGGUUGUCUCUGUGGGCUUUCACUAUGAAAUACCACUCAUGCACACUAGCCUCCCCGCCGUCCGAUAAGUGAACGCGAGUCGGAUACUUUUCCGAUGUAUACAACAAACAAUUGGCGAG